AUGACAACCGCCCACAGACCAACAUUCGACCCGGCCCGAGGCAAGGAGGCCCUCCGCGGCCCAGCCUACCACCAACGUCUCCUACCCGCCCACACCCAGCUCAAGUACCGUCAAUCUGGACAGGGCGGCGCAGCCGACGAGGACGAAGACUCCUCUCGUGAUCUCGCAGCCGAGCUCCUCGCCGCCGAGGCCGCCCACUUCUCCAAGACCAAGAAGAUUGGCGGCGGCGGCGCUGCCCCCGACGACGGCUCUGACGACGAAGACGCCGUCUCUGCCACGGCCAAGCGACCAUCUCAUCAGAUCUCAUCAUCCGGUGAAGGGGGCGCCAGGGAAGAGGAUCAGGAAGAAGACUUCGAAGCAAAACGCCGUCGAAUACUAGCCGAGACCAGGGCGCUGGAUGCCGACGAUGACGACGACGAUGACGACGGCAACGACGACGACGAUGAUAGCGACGAUGACAGCGACGACGACGAUGAGGAUGAGGAUGCAGAGCUCCAGAGAGAGUUGGAGCGCGUAAGGCGCGAGAGGGAGGAGAAGAAGAAGAGGGAGGAGGCUGAGAGGGCCAAGGCCGACGAGGAGGACCGUGAGCGGGACAUCGCUCUCGGUAACCCCCUCCUCAACAAGCAGGACUUCACCAUCAAGAGGAGAUGGGAUGACGAUGUCGUCUUCAAGAAUCAAGCUCGUGGGACCGAAGACAGGGGCAAGCAGAAGGAGUUUGUCAACGACCUCAUCCGCUCAGAUUUCCACAGACGCUUCAUGGGCAAGUACGUCAGGUAA